AUGGACAGCAAGGUAACAUCUAAACAAUUUAUCAUACUUAGCGGACGCCCACAGACAGAGCCUCUCCGUCCAGAGCUCACCGGAACGCGCCGCAGUCGCCAAGCCGGUGAGAAGAGGAGGACGCUGGGCCGUUUUCCAGAUCAAACGCUCCUCCCUUUGGAGGAAGGACUCGAGGUUGCUUUGGCAGCUUUUGCAGACAGGCGCACAGCGGCUGCAGAAAAGCCUCCCCCACGGGGGCCCCGAUACACAGGCCCGACCAGCGCGGCGGAGAGGGCAGAGGCUCUCGGGGGCACCGCGGGGGCCCCAGGAAGCCUCGGGCGCGGGUCCGAGCGGGGCUCAGGCGCCGCGAUCCCCAGAGGCCGGAGGGGCCCGGGCGGAGCGCCGAGACUUGACGCCGACACACGGGAAAACCUAGAGGGGAGCAAACGGAGACGGACUUCCGCUUCCGGUUUCCGCCCCGCGCUCAGCGUAAGGGGCGGGGCUUCCGGAGCUCAGGGAUCAGGAAGAAGUGCUAUGGAGAUGGGGUCGAACGGGGGCGGCGGCUGCUUGCGCCCAACAGGCAGGCGUGCUGUUGGACCUGGAUCCAGAGCAGGCUUUUCAAAUAGACCAGGGCCAGAGGGCAGGACCCGAGCUGGAGGACCGAGCGGAGCGCUGGGGACCGAGUUAGAAGCCGGCCGGACGCGGAGGGCGGGGCUUGCGUCGUGGCUGUCCCGGGAGGGCGUGGUUCGGGGCGGGGUCAGAGCCCAGGCUUUGUGUACCGACUGCGGGAAGCUCAUUAAAGGCCUUUCGACUGGCCUUUCUCGUGAUUUCUUCAGCCCGAUGCAGCGGUGUGCACAUGUUCGCAAAGAUGAUACGAUGCUAUACAUGGAAAACCCUAGAGAAUCAAUGAUAAAAUUAAUUCAAACAAUAGAAGAAUUCAGUAAGUUAGCAAGAUAUGGAAUUGUCGUCUGGAAAUCAAUAGCCUUCAUCUACCCAAACAGUAACCAGAGGUCAUCAAGAAGGUGUGACUGCCAGUUGAUACUCAGCUGGACCCAGACAAUCGGAGGCUCCCCACUUCGUCCCCUGUCCUUGGAGUAUGCAUUCUGCUUGCCUUCCCUGUUUCCAGAAACUGCCCCAAAUUCAGCCUUGAGAUAGAAAUGUGGUGCUGAGACUAUCUAGAUGGUGUAUGCGUGACGGAACUCAGUUAAGGCCUCUGUAUAAACUUUUAAGAUUUGCUGGGCAGGUGCAGAAAACUACUCAUCUUGCAGCCGCCCAGACGAGCCUCGUAAGUAAGUUCCCUUACUCAUUAGAACUGCCACCUCCCAGUCUGGAGUGGUUUCUCUCUUUCUUUGGUCUCUUCUUGCCCUCUGAGUGUGGGGGCUGGUUUUAGAUUACACCCAAGAAGCUCCCAAGGAGACGGCAAACCAAUACCAUUGAGUCUAAAAUUAUUUUAAAAUAAAGUUUUUAAAAUUCUAUUAUGAUUAAUUUGGGGUACUGUUCAACCUUUGGCAUGUGUCUAAAAUGCCUGCUUGAUAUCUCCACUACUGUGAGAAUUGUGUUAAUUUUGAGAUGCCCAAAACUAAAUUCGUGAUUUCUCCCAAUACCCACUCCUACCCAGUCUUAUCCCAUUUCAAUAAAUGACAAUUCCAUUA